AUGACUGAAUCCGAGCGACCAAUCCACCAACCCAUUCAUCCCGACAUCCUACCCAGACUCGAUCCCGAGUAUGCAGCGUUCCACAAUGCUACAGUUCGCUAUGCGAUUCCAAUACAGCUGCUUCCUUGGGAUGCUGCUGUCCGUCAGCACCCUGCUAUCCCUGGUGGCUCCGAACCUCUGAAGGUCGGGGGUAUCAGGGACAUCUCCCUUGAGAGAUUCGCAAUCCGCGUCUUCACGCCCGAGGGCACUGCCCCCUCGGAAGGAUGGCCCAUCUUUUUGUUCUUCCAUGGAGGCGGAUGGACUUUGGGAAACAUAAGUACCCAAAACGCUUUCUGCACUAAUGCUUGUAAGCGUGCAAGCUGUGUCGUGGUCGCAGUGGAUUACCGACUCGCCCCUGAAAAUCCGUACCCUGCUGCGGUCGAGGAUGCCGUAGAUGCGCUCCGCUGGGUCUAUGAGAACGGAACGAGCCAGCUCAACGUCAAUCUCAACAAAAUUGCUGUCGGAGGUGCCUCCAGUGGUGGAAACCUCGCCGCUGUUCUCACCCACAAAGCAGCACUCAUGGAACCCCCUAUUCCGCUAUCUUUCCAAAUGCUUCUCGUUCCUGUCACAGAUAAUACAGCCAGCACCGAUGGCAUUCGAUACCCAUCAUGGGCAGAGAACAUAAACACGGUUGGGCUGACGACAGGUAGAAUGUUGUGGUUCCGUGAUAUGUAUCUUCCCAACGAGAGGGACCGGGCAGAAUGGGAGAACUCUCCUAUAUUCGCUCCUGAAGAGACUUUCAAGAAGGCUCCCAAGGCGUGGGUAUUUCUCGGAGAAUUGGACCUUUUGAGAGAUGAAGGUGUCGCAUACGCCGAAAAGCUCAAGCAAGCAGGAGUUGAAGUUGAAGUUAGAAUUUAUAAGGGUGCACCUCAUCCAAUUAUGUCUAUGGACGGUGCGUGA